AUGACGGACUGUGCACAUCCAUCAUCGACCUCAUGUCCACUGGCAUCGGCGACGGACAAACCGCGGACUACUCCGAGGAUGAGUAGGGCAUGGGAGGUGGCAGGGAAUUGUGUCCCAAUUGAAGCUUUUUCUUUCAAUGGUUGCAGUAAACGCGAGCACGGUUCCCCAGCUUCGCCCAUGGUGACCGUCGCAGCUUGCCUGCCAUGUGCAAGAUGCAACUUCGUCACGCACCGGGUCACACCUAGCAUCCAUGCUGGAUGCAGCUCAACACCAUGCCCUUUGCGUGUGUCGCACGUGGCCAGCCGGCCUUGUGGCAGCUCGUGCGUGAGCCAUGGCGGGAAGUGGGAUUGGGGAGCAAGUAUUCUAGAGAUGAGGGUGUUCAGCAGAGCCGUGGGGCGUGGGUCAUUGGACAGCAUUAUCCAGGCCUCGAUCUCGCAGCAUGAGCCGGGCAGCGGCCGGCAGCCACCUAACCGCGUCCACGACGAGCUACGACCUGUCGGAUCGCCAGUCUGCACGUACGACUACCACUGCCAGCGGUCCAUGGUGCAAGGAAUGCACUCAGAUGUGGCUACGAUGCGCAACACUAGUAUAUGGCGUGAAGCGUCCCGCAUUGUCUAUGAAGAAGGGCUACGAGCCUUCUGGAAAGGAAAUCUUGUAACUAUUGCACAUCGGUUGCCUUACUCCUCGAUUAGUUUCUAUACAUACGAGAGAUAUAAGAAUUGGCUUCAGAUGAUACCUGGUCUCGACAGUAAUGGUGGAUUGGGUGCCGAUGUUGGUGUCAGAAUGGUAGGCGGUGGCUUGUCUGGGAUAACUGCAGCUUCUUUGACAUAUCCACUGGACUUGGUACGGACACGUCUGGCUGCUCAGACGAACACAGCCUACUACAGGGGCAUAUCCCAUGCUCUUUUUGCGAUCUGCAGAGAUGAGGGUCCCAGGGGGUUGUACAAGGGUCUUGGUCCCACUUUACUGGGUGUAGGCCCCAGUAUAGCAAUAAGCUUCUCAGUUUAUGAAACUCUGCGUUCACAUUGGCUACUAGAGCGGCCAUGUGAUUCCCCUAUCUUUAUCAGUUUGGCUUGUGGAAGCCUUUCGGGAGUUGCAUCAUCAACUUUUACAUUUCCAUUGGAUCUUGUAAGACGCCGCAAGCAGUUGGAAGGUGCAGCUGGGAGGGCCAAUGUCUACAAGACAGGACUUGUUGGAACGUUUGGGCAUAUUAUUCAGACAGAAGGUUAUAGAGGAUUGUAUAGAGGGAUCUUGCCUGAGUACUGCAAAGUGGUUCCCAGCGUCGGCCUCAUUUUUAUGACAUACGAGACACUGAAGUCCAUGUUCACAGAAGGGGCAUCAGAUGAAUAG